ACGCACGCAUUCUGGGUAAAAUCGUUGCUGCUGCUCAAAAUGGCUGUCGGACGAGAGAUUUCCGUUUCGAGGUCGUGUCCGCAUUCGAUGUCGUGUCUGUUUAGUUCGUUAUAAAGUAUCCAACGCUCGGAUCGUCGAAUCGACGCGAAAAAAAUCGCAGGAUGAUUUUCUCUGAAUAAAUUCGCCUCUUAUCGCGACAUUUUACAUCGCGAAAGUUUUUUACAAAAGAUAUUUUUUACGCUUUAAUAAUUGCUUUUCCGGUCCGCGCACGCACGCACGCAUAGCCGAAGGAUCGUACGACGCAUGCGCCGCUUCAUCCUUCUCUCUCCCUCCCAGCUGAUCCGUUGCCGCCGCGUCCAAUAGCCUUUAUCGUCUUAACGCUGCGGCGACGGAAUUCGCUGACGAGGGGUAGGAUCUGGUGACGAGAUGGCGCGCGCGUUGCAUGUCGGGACGAUGGUCGUGGAGAUGGGGGGAGGGGAGAGUGAGAAGAAGCGACUCGAGUUCACAAAAUGGCGGUCUAGCUCGCAAGUCCGUGACCAUACAGUACACGAUACUCGAAUAGUUUGCCGUAAUGUCGAACCGCCGACAUCAAUAACGAUCUGUUAUCGCGGACACGUGUACGCGUGACGGUGAUACUACUGGAUUUGGCGCGAUUUGUAUGCGGAUCGUUAAGAAUACGACGGUUGUCGGUGCGACGCGUAGACGGGACCAUGCAGAAAACAUUAGAAUCCGAAUCUGGUAAGGAAUCCGGAUCCGAUUCGGAGAAUGAUAGCAAAAGCGAUAGCUCCUCUUCCGGAAGCAAUAGUGGCUCAGGAUCAGGAUCUGACAGUGACUCUAGUUCCUCGAGCGGUUCCGGUUCCGGAUCAGGUUCUGAUUCAGGAAAGUCAGAGAAGUCGGAUGCACCUGCUGCACAAAGUGAUAGCUUCCAGAGCAAAAGCUCGAAUCACAGCACAGAAACAAAGCUUAGAGUUAAACAUGAGUCCAGCCGUGAGUGGGACGAGAAUCCUGACAUAUACGGCAUUAGGAGAUCCGGGCGUUCCAGGAAGGAACCCGACAGGCUCGCGACGAAUCGCGAUAGCGACAGCGAUGGUCGCAAGAAGUUUAAGAAGAAAGGUUCACACAAUUCCUGGAAUUCAGAAAGUUCAGAUUCCGAAUCUGACGAAAUUGAAAAUCGGAGGCCGCCUCCUAGCAAGUCCCUGAACAGACGCGCGGCGCAAAAAGCGAAAGAGAAAGCCAGGGUACGAAAAAAGCGGAUCUCUGAAUCUUCUGAAAAUUCUUCCUUUGAUAGUGAUGACAAUAGAAGGCAAGUCACUAGACGGACUGGUACAGCAGUUAGUUAUAAAGAAGAAAGUGAAGAAGGUACUGAUAGUGAAGAUUUGGUUGAAGUUGAUGAAUCGAAUGCUGCAUCAGCCGAACCUGAUAAUGCGGAAACUAUUGAACAAAUUUUGGGACAGAGAGUGGGCAAGAAAGGAGUUACUGGCAACGUGACGACAAUCUAUGCUGUCGAAGAAAAUGGCGAUCCCAAUCCAGAGGAUCUAAGUAAUGUAGAAACUGAAGUACAAUAUUGGAUAAAAUGGAAAGGCUGGUCUCACAUACACAAUACGUGGGAAUCGGAGGAAUCCUUAAAAGCACAAAAGGUAAAAGGCUUGAAAAAAUUAGACAAUUUUAUUAAACGUGAACGCAGAAUGGAACAGAUGAGAGAAUACGCGGAACCAGAGGAAUUGGAAUACUUUGAAUGUCAAUUGGAACUCAAGCAUGAUCUUCUGAAAAGUUACAAUAAUGUCGAGAGGAUUAUUGCUGAAUAUAAGAAACCAGAUUCGGAACAUCCUGAUUAUUUCUGUAAAUGGGACAAUCUACCAUAUGCUGACGCUACAUGGGAAGAUGGAGCUUUGAUAGUGAAAAAAUGGCCAGAGAAGAUAAAGGAAUUUCGCGACAGGGAGGAUUCCAAAAGAACACCAAGCAAACAUUGUAAAGUUCUUAAAUCUAGACCUAAAUUUUAUCAAUUGAACGAACAGCCAUCUUAUAUGGGCAAGGAAAAAGAUUUGGUAUUAAGGGAUUAUCAAAUGGAUGGAGUUAACUGGAUGAUUCACUCCUGGUGCAAGGAAAACAGUGUUAUAUUAGCCGAUGAGAUGGGUCUCGGCAAAACAAUCCAAACAAUAUGCUUCCUUUAUUAUCUUUUUCACACUCAACAACUUCACGGGCCAUUUUUACUAGUAGUUCCUCUGUCAACGAUGACUUCCUGGCAAAGAGAGAUGACUCAAUGGGCACCUGAUUUGAAUUUCGUCGUUUAUUUGGGUGAUGUCAAUUCGCGUAAUGUUAUUAGAGAAUAUGAAUGGUGCUAUCGAGGAUCGAAGAGACUAAAAUUCAAUGUCAUACUUACGACGUACGAGAUAGUACUUAAAGACAAAGCACUGUUGGGUGCCUUAAAUUGGGCAGUGCUGCUAGUGGAUGAAGCUCAUCGAUUGAAAAACGACGAUUCUCUUCUAUACAAAGCACUUAGCGAGUUUCACACCAAUCAUCGUUUGUUGAUCACUGGUACUCCGUUACAGAAUAGCUUGAAAGAGUUAUGGGCUCUAUUACACUUCAUUAUGCCUACCAAAUUUGUCACAUGGGAAGAAUUUGAGAAACAACAUGACAAUGCUGCGCAAAAAGGAUACUCCAAACUACACAAACAAUUGGAGCCAUUUAUUCUGCGUCGAGUUAAGAAGGAUGUUGAAAAAUCUCUGCCUGCUAAAGUUGAACAAAUUUUACGGGUAGAGAUGACGUCUCUGCAGAGACAAUAUUAUAAAUGGAUAUUGACUAAAAAUUACGAAGCAUUAAGAAAAGGCAUGAAAGGAUCCAGUUCGACAUUUUUGAAUAUCGUGAUUGAAUUAAAAAAAUGUUGCAAUCAUGCUUUCCUUACAAAACCGAUCGAAGCCGAAAGGGAGAAAAGCAGCAAUGAGGAUUAUUUGCAAACACUUAUCCGUGGUUCUGGGAAACUAGUACUUUUAGAUAAAUUAUUAGUGAGAUUGCGUGAUACGGGACACAGAGUAUUAAUCUUCAGCCAAAUGGUCAAGAUGUUAGACAUUCUCAGUGAAUAUCUGCAAAAGAGGCAUUUCCCAUUCCAAAGAUUAGACGGCAGUAUAAAAGGGGAACUGAGAAAACAGGCAUUAGAUCACUUUAAUGCUGAAGGAUCGCAAGAUUUUUGUUUCCUGUUGUCGACGCGAGCUGGCGGUCUCGGUAUUAAUCUUGCCACCGCGGAUACUGUGAUAAUUUUCGAUUCCGAUUGGAAUCCGCAAAACGAUUUGCAGGCCCAGGCUAGAGCACAUCGAAUAGGACAAAAGAAUAAGGUCAAUAUUUAUCGACUGGUUACCAAAAAAUCGGUCGAGGAAGAAAUUGUGGAACGUGCGAAGCAGAAAAUGGUCUUGGACCAUUUAGUGAUACAGCGAAUGGAUACAACCGGACGGACAGUAUUGGAUAAGAAGAACGCAGGGACCAAUAACAAUCCAUUUACCAAAGAAGAUUUAACUGCUAUUUUGAAAUUCGGCGCGGAGGAUCUGUUUAAAGAUGAAGAAGACGGAGAUGAGGAACCAUCUUGCGAUAUCGAUGAAAUACUAAGAAGAGCCGAAACAAGAGACGAAGCUCCAACGACGGUUGGCGAUGAAUUGUUAUCCGCUUUUAAAGUUGCCAGUUUUAAACCUACUUUUGAGGAGGAUUUGGAACCUAUUAAUCAGCCGAAUGAUAACGAUGAUGAAAGUAAAGACUGGGCUGAAAUCAUUCCGGAAAACUUUCGAAAAAAAGUAGAAGAAGAGGAGAAGUCGAAGGAAAUGGAGGAUCUUUAUUUGCCACCGAGAAGUCGAAAAACACUUCAACAAAUCAAUCAGGGCGAAGGAAGAGGCAGAAAACGCAAAAAAGUACAGGAUGAUAGCGAAGAGGGCGAGGAGUCGGGUAGCGAGGCAGAAGGUAGUGAUGAUGAAAGACCCAAGAAAAGAGGUAGACCGAGAGUUUUGCCGCGCGAGUACAUUAAGAGUUUCACGGAUGUUGAGAUACGAAGAUUCGUCAAAAGUUAUAAGAAGUUUCCGGCACCUUUGAAGCGAUUGGAUGAUAUCGCGACUGAUGCUGAUUUACAAGAGAAACCAAUGUCGGAAUUGCGCUUCUUGGGCGAACAAUUGAAAUCUAGAUGCGACAUGUGCUUAAUAGAGUUCGAGAACACGGCGAAGGAAAAUAAAACUGGCGAAGAAGAAGGCAAGGGGCCCGGCCGUAAGAGAGGACGGGGACCUACUUUCAAGAUAGGCGGUGUUAUGGUGAACGCGAAGUCAUUCUCGGCCGCGGUUAAAGAACUCGAACCUUUGGAACAAGCUUUGCCAUCCGAUCCUGAGCAACGCGCCAAUUGGCAUCUCGACAUUAAAUCGAAACCAGCAAACUUUGAUUGCGAAUGGACUUCCGAGGAUGAUUCAAGAUUAUUAAGGGGUAUAUAUCAACACGGUAUGGGUUCGUGGGAAGCGAUAAAAAUGGACGCUAGUUUGGAACUGGGGGAUAAGAUUUUUCCUAAUGGCAGUAAAGUGCAACUUAAACGUGUGAACGCACGUGCGGAAUAUCUUCUGAAGAUUUUGAAGAAACAAAUUGAUCUUAAGUUAGGAGUGACACGAAUGAGAAAACCAAGGAAGCCCAAGGAGAUGAAAACAGCAAUCACUAAAGAAAUUGUAGAAGAUAAUGAUACUUCUGGUGAUGAAACUAAGAAAUCAAAAUCCAAAAAUGAUAAAUCUGGAGUUAAGAAAGAAGAAGAUAUUGUUGCAAAGAAAGAGGUCAAGGAUGAAAUUGAUGAUUUAUCUGACGACAAGAAAAAGGAUAAGAAAAUUAAAAAGGAGAAGAAAGAGAACAAAAAAGCGAAGAAAAAUAAACAAGCUGCAGGUCCUAUGCAUUUUACUGCGAAUAACGAACCGAGGGCUGUUGAUGUAAUUGGCGAAUUGGAUCCUCCGAUAUUUGAUGAGUGUAAAGAAAAGAUGAGGCCGGUGAAGAAAGCAUUAAAGGCUCUAGAUACGCCAGAUAUGUCUCUAAGCGAGGAGGAGCGAGUUGCUCGUGCGCGUCGAUGCCUCUAUCAAAUUGGAAACCAUAUCAAUACAUGUCUUACGGAGUAUAGAAACCCUGAACAAAUCAGCGAGUGGAAAAGUAAUCUUUGGUAUUUUGCUUCAAAGUUCACAAACUUUAAAGCGAAGAAGCUUUAUAGAAUGUAUAAGAACUUGGUGAAGCAAGGUGGCGAUAGCAAUGGCGGUACUACCUCGAGUCCUGAUAAAAAAGAGGAUGUCUCCAAUACUACGAAGAAACAUAAUGAAAGGUCGUCUCACGAUAAACAACAGGCAGACAGCGGUAGCGCUAACAAGGACAGCAGAAUAACGAAACGUAAAAUUGAUGAUACCGAGGAGAACUCAAAUAGCAGUAUACAAAGUAAGAAACAGAAUAUUUCUGCUGUCAGUAGCAGUAUCACCAGCACAUCCACAGUUACUAUUGGUGCUAUUACGAUUACUCCUAUAACAUCAACACCAAAUUCCACAUCAAGUACCACUAACAGUGCAGAAACAUCACGACAUAAAGAGCAAAAAGAGUCGAAGCAUAAAGAUAUGAAAAGGGAUAGGGAGCGUGACAGAGAUAGAGACAGAGGACACAAUGACAGGGGUAUGGAUAGGAUAAGCGGAGGAAAGGACGACAGAAUCAGGAGAGAUAGUGGAGGAUACAAUAUGGGGCAUUAUAGUGGCAGCAGGGAGGACGAUCAUUGGUUAUCCAGAGAUGGAAGAGACAUGAGAGACGGCAGGUACGGAUUCGGAGAUCACAAACGCGACCGCUUCGAUAUGUAUGGCCGAAUGUCCGGCGGUUAUCACAGAGACAGGGACAGGGAUCGAGAUCGUGGUAUGCACAUGAAUGAGAAGAGGAGUGAUUAUUACCGAUAUUCCUCGGGACCGCCGAAUUAUGGAUACAAUCCGGGUAGUUAUGGUGGUAGCAGCGGCAGCGGUGGUUAUCCUCCAACGGAUAUCGCACCGGGUCAUUUUAGAGGUCGCGGGUAUCUAGGAGAUAGUUAUUCCGGUGAUUGGCGGUCGAACAAGGAUUAUAGGCGAGAUUACGAUAGAAGGCCACCACCACCAAAUGCCAACUCCUAGUGCUUCUUUUCUCUUCGGUUGUGACACAGUAGCGGUACCGUUUUAUGUAUGAUUUUGAAUGAAAGCUGGUUAUAUGCGUCUCUACGUGUAAGAAAUGGUGAUAAACGCGCGGUGUGUGCACGGUGUUUCUAUGACAUGAACCAUAUAUAUGUAUAUAUAUUGAAAAUCUUGAUGCUGUAGCGCAUUGGUUGCUAUAGAAUAUUCUAGAAUACUAAACGGAACGUAUUCUAAACGCUCCGAAGCAUUGAUGGCGUCAAUUGGAUCGUAUUUCUGCCGGAGUAUUUUUUGUUAUGUAUAAUAAAUAAACUGCUUCCGCGCUCUGCGCAUAUAUUUUGCAUUUUCGAUAUUUUAAUUAUGUACAUAAAUAUGUACGUAAAAUUCAGUUUAGGUAUAUAUAGCUCGCGCACAUGAUCGCGAGGAUUCAAAUCCCAUAAUAAAUCAUUUCACCUAUCGUCAUCAUUAUGAAUUCUGAUUCUAUUCUGAUAUUAUCAAACAUUUAACUGUUAACAAAUAUAAAUGGACAUGGUGUAACGCACACACACAAUAUCUAUGAAAUUGUACAAAUUGUUUUAUUAAUCACCAUCAUAAAUUUUCUAAAAAAAAGAUUGAAUAUGUAUUAAAUGAAUAUGUAUUCCAAAAAAAUACAAUUGUACGAAACUGUUCGAUUCGAUGAAGCAAUAUAUGUCAAUCUAUUUUGCAUGAUAACGAAAUAUCGGCAGCAGGGGGACUAUUCGUACAUUUAUUUAGUAUUCACCGAAAUUAAUCUAUAUAUAAAUCAAAACAGAAAUACAAUUCAGGUCGCACUUUUUUUCCAUAGUCUUGUGACAUUUAUGAUUUAAGAAGAACAAUAGAAAUAGACAAGAAUAUUAUUUUUGCAUUCGUUAUUUUAUGAUACAACAGUUUUUCAACCUAAAUCUAUGAAACCAAUGAGACAUAAUGAAAAUAUUAACGUAAUACUGUUGGUUAUAUUCCGUUCAUAUUCAAACUAUUAAAUUAUAUUUAGUGCACACGAUUUUCAUUUCUUUUUUUGACUAACGCAAGAUUGAGAUGUAAAUCUUCUCAUAUCUUACUAAAUAAAGAAAGUAUAAUGCCACUUUAAGUAUGAUUCAAUAGUUUGAUACAAGUGGAAUAUAAUUAUCGGUCUUAUGUUAAUAUUUAUAAUAUAUGUCACACACGUUGAUUUUGUAGAUAUAUGUUAAAAACUAGUGUAUCAUAAAAUAAUAAACGCAAAAAUAAUAUUCUUGUAUGUUUCCAUUCUUGAAUCAGUCAGAAAUGUCAGAAAACUAUGGAAAAAAGUGCAGUCUAAAUUGUAUUUUUUUAUUUGCAUAUAUAUGAUGUUAACAAUUAAAUAUAAAUGGAUAUAGUGUAGCGCACAAUGUCUGAAAUUAUACAAAUUGUUUUAUUAAUCAUCUUCAUAAAUUUUUUAUAAAAUAGAUUGAAUAUGUAUUAAAUGAAUAUGUAUUCCAAAGAAAUACAAUUGUAUGAAAUUGCUCAAUUUAAUCGGGCAAUAUAUGUAUAUCAAUCUAUUUUCCUUGAUAACCAAAUAUCGAUAGCAGGGGGACAAUUUGUAUUAUUUAAUAUUCAUCGAAAUUAAUCUACAUGCAAAUCAAAAUAAAUACAAUUCAGGCCACACUUUUUUUCCAUAGUCUUCUGACAUUUGUGAUUCAAAGAGAAUAGAAAUAGACAAGAAUACUAUUUUUACGUUCAUUAUUUUAUAAUACAAUAGCUUUUAACAUAAAGCUAUAAAACCAAUGUGACAUAUUGUAAAUAUUAGCAUAAGACCGAUAAUUAUAUUCUGUUUGUAUCAAACUAUUGAAUCACUUAUUAUAACAUUACGCUUUCUUUAUUUAGUAGGAUAUGAGGACAUUUAUAACUCAAUCUUGCGUUAGUCAAAAAAAGAAAAAAAAAUCGUAUACACAUAUAAUAGGUUUUAUAUUAUCUAUAACCGGAAAUCUUUUGUGUAUAGAAUAUUAAUAUUUUUCAGCUCGAAAAGUUUCGAUAGAUUUCAAAGAAACAAUUAUAGGAUUAAUUAAUCAUAUUUGCUCCAAUUAAUAAAGAACAACUGAUAAUUUCUGUAUAACUUUUGAAGUUUUAUAUUUAUAAAAAAACAAACAGUUAAAAGUCGGGCUCUUAUCGCAAUUAUAGUUUUUAUGAGAAUAAAAGAACAAUGUAUGUGUAUGUAAGUGUAUGUGUAUAUGUGCGCGCGCGCGUGUAUAACAUUGUAGAUUUUUCGUAAUUGAAAAUGUAUGUUAUCCUGUAUAAUUCAAGAUUAUCGAGAUUAUAUGCUGAAUACUGUGUCUAUUAGCAUAUAUAAAAUGAUUUAUUUUAUAGAUUAUUUUAUGCUCGUCAAACUGCAAUUUUCGUGUGCAUUUGUGUAAAUAAUGACAUGUAUUUAAUAAGCAAAAUAUAUUCGCGAUUAUACUGAUUCAUAUUAAAGAAGAACGCUAAUUCUCAUAUUUUAUGUCUUAAAUUAAAUAAUCACGUUCAGAGACAGGAUAAUGCUAUUAAUCGAAUGGUAAUGGAGAUUUGGUAUUCUAUAGAUUUUCAUUUGCGAAAUAAUGUUCCAAUAAAAUAAUGAGCUAUUCAUAAUUUAUUACAUUAGUGGCCGAUUAUAUGAGAAACAGUGGUGAUGAUGUCGAUUACAAAGCAAGGAGAAAGAUACAUUGUAAAUAUUCAAAGAUUAAAAUAAAUAUAAAUGAUAUAUAUAGUGAAAUAGUUUAAAGUCGUGCAUAUUAAGAUACAUGUAAAGCGAUUAUAACAACGUAUUUUAUCUAUUGUAGAUUAUUCAGCGUUUCUGAAAAUAUAUCUGCAGAAAAAUUUUUCAUG